UACUGGGUGGCUGCGGAUGUGCGUGAUUCGGUGGGGUUUGUCAGUCUAAAAGGGUCCUCGGGAUCAGGCGUGUGGUCCGCUCCUAUACAUCGUCGAGAUAAGUGUCGAUACUCUAUCAAAGCGGAACAGUUUGAUUCUUCUAAACACCCGUCAUUGGGAGUCAGGCAACAGAACCGACAGACUGAUACGGGGUGCCAGCGUGGGAGAUGCCGUAGCGAUAGCAUAGAUAGCCGUUUUGUAGAUACUGUGUCCCGCAGAGGCUUUCAGUAUGGCGGCUCGCCUCAGCAAAGGAAGUUCUGUCAGCGACGAAGAGUUCUACGACAGCGUUGACGUCAUUCCGGACCCGCCCGGACCGAGAGACGCCCUCGACGAUCUGGAUAACGCGGUGUUCCUGGAAGGGGAAGGAGCGAGCGCAGAGGAGACCGAAGAGGUCGUGGACUGCGCCAUGCACCCCGAGGCCGACGCCAGCAGGAUCGCCGAAGGGAGCGACGGAUUGCAAGCUGGCAAGGCGGCCGAGCAACCAGAGAACGCAAAUCUGGUGCUAGAAACGAAGAACAAUAAGAAGAAUAAGAAUAAAAGAGAAAACAAGAAAAGGAAGAACGCCCAGGCAGGAGCGAAUAAUUUAAACAACAAUGCGGAAGAAAACUCGGACGCUUCCGAAACCUCAGCUUCGGCCUCAGCUUCGGCCUCAGCUGCGGGACCAGCUUCACAUCCUCCAACGAAGAAAAUGACGAAGAAAAACUCGAUGCUGAAGUGGUCGGCGGCGGCGCGCGAGGUCAUAAACACCGGGAUGUCACAGGACGACACGGACCGCGCCAGGAGGUCGUCGAGCGGGUCGAGCACUUCGAGUGUGGAUAGGAAGAUAUCCGGCUCAGCCAUCCUCGAGGACAUUGCGCAGGGUAACUUAGCAAGCUGGGACGCGGAAACUUGCGUGACACUUCUGCGCAUGCCCACCGUGUCCAAUUACUCCGGCCUCAAGAAGCUCAUGGAAGUGGUGGGCGAGGACUGGCUGGAGGAUUUCCUCAACCUGGACGGCCUCGGGGUCCUGUUCGAGUCCUUGGAGAGACUUAGCGACCGCGGGUUCAGCUCCAUCACCGACGCCAUCCUCCAGCUGGAGUGCGUGCUGUGCGUCAAGACUGUGAUGAACUCCACCUCGGGCCUCGAGUACAUCAUCAACAACGACGACUACACCAGGAAGCUCGCCAAGUCGCUGGAUUCAAGAAAUAUGCUAGUCAAGAAACAGGUGUUCGAACUGCUCUCCGCUCUCUCCGUCUAUAGUGAGAAAGGCCACGCACUCGCACUCGACGCCCUAAACAACUAUAAGGUGUUCAAGAACCAGCGCUACAGAUUCCGGCUGGUGGUGGAGGAGCUGGCUAGUGCCAAGGUGAUGGACUACCAGGCGACGCUCCUCGCCUUCGUCAACUGCAUCGUGUUGGGCGUCGGCAGCCUACAGGGCCGCGUCGCCAUCAGGAAUGAGUUCAUCGGCCUGGACUUCCUGAAGGUGCUGGAGAACGUCAAGCGAAUAGACGACGAGCAGCUGAGCAUCCAGGUGGCGGCCUUUGAAGACAACCACCUCGAGGACCUCGAGCUGCUCUACGGCCCCGAAGGCCAGCUCAGCCUCAACCACCAUGAUGCAUUCAACAGCCUCUUCACCAAGGUCCGCGACUCGCCACACUCGCUACACUUGCUCUCCCUUCUUCACAACCUCCUGCAGCUGGACCCGGAGGAUGAAAGCAGCGAUGCUGUCUGGGCACUGCUGGACCGCGUUGGCGUCCGGGCAGUGGAUGGCACCCUCACUCCCACCUGGGCGGAGAGUGUGGCACCUUCCCACGACUUCACCAGAAGUGUUGGCACACAGACCAUCAAACGGCGCCUUUUUCGAUCUACGGACGACAAGAACGUCCCAGAAGGAUUUGAGGAGCGCCCCUUCCCGACCUCCAGCCUGCCGCCCGCGCCCGACCACCCGCCGCCCGCGCCCCCGUCGGCAUGCACGGCUACAGAUGGCUCUCCUAAGGCAGUAGAACCCAAUGACGCCGCUUGCUUAGAGUCUCCAAGCGAGGUGCGUGCCGUGGAAACGCUGGAGUCCGACAGAGUAACAAACCGAGCGCCUCCUCCACCUCCUCCGCCGCCUCCCCCACCACCUCCUUCUGACAUUAGGGGUCCUCCACCUCCUCCUCCCCCUCCUCCUCCUCCCGGACCGGGUUGUCCUCCACCACCUCCACCUCUACCAGGCUUUGGCGGCCCUCCACCCCCUCCACCUCUCCCAGGUUUCGGCGGC